AUGCACUUCACCCUGAACACCCUCCUCGGCAGCGCGCUCCUGGCGCUCCGCGUCGCCGCAGUCCCCUUCCCCGUCCCGGCCCCCGCUCCACUGGCUCCAGCUCCUGUGUCGGAUCUCGAGACCCGCGCAGAUACUGCGUCGUUGGUAUCGGCGGCGCAGAUGUCGAGCUACAAGCCGUUCACCCAGUUCGCGCGCGCGGCCUACUGCGACGGCACGGGGACGUGGUCGUGUGGUGCCGCAUGCAGGGCCAACCCGACCUUCCAGCCCACGCUCACCGGGGGCGACGGCAAUGCGGUCCAGUUCUACUACGUCGGGUACUGGCCUGACCAAAACGCGGUGAUUGUUUCCUACCAAGGCACCGAUCCCACACAAUUGCUCGCAGACCUCACGGACCUCGACUUCUUCCAGCAACCGUUCGACUCCUCCCUCUUCCCGGGCGUCCCUUCUUCCGUCCAAGUGCAUGGAGGCUUCGCUGACCAGCAUGCAAAGGCAGCUGCGGUCAUCCUGAAGGAGACGAAGCGCCUCAUCAGCGCCAAGGGCGCGACAACUGUUAUCACCGUCGGCCACUCGCUCGGCGGCGCACUGGCCGAGAUCGCGGCACUCCACAUGACCCUCAACCUCCCCUCCUCGAUCCACGUCAAGUCCGUGACCUACGGCACGCCGCGCGUGGGCAACCCCGCGUACGCGUCCUUCUUCGACGGCAAGGUCGCCGACUUCGUGCGCAUCAACCACGACCACGACCCGAUCCCGAUCGUGCCCGGGCGCGGGCUCGGCUUCCAGCACGUGCACGGGGAGAUCCACAUCCUCGACUCGAACGGGCAGGCGUACGCGUGCAGCCCGGACGACAACGCGUCGAGCGACGCGUGCACGAUCUCGACGGUGCCGAACAUCUUCGUCAGCAACAUCCUCGACCACCUCGGGCCGUACGGCGGGAUCUACCUCGGCACGAUCGCGUGCUGA